AUGGUUGUUUUUCUCGUCGAAUCUGGGUGUAACAUUUUGGUGACUGACGAUCAUGGAUAUUUCUGCUCCCACGUUGCUGUGCAAUAUGACAGAUUGGAUAUUCUGGUUUAUUUGGCUUCUUUGGAUCAGUCUCUUCUUUACGCAUCUGAUUCCGGUGGGAGAGCUCUUCUUGAUUGGAUUGGGAUCAGAAGGGCUUCGUCUCAACUUCUAAAGGUAACAUAUUCAUUGAUCGUGACCUCUGGCCCAAUCGACCCAUUUCUUGGGGAAAAGAACUUUAUUCAUCGGUUGAUGGAGGCAAAAGCUAGUGAUUCUCUUGAAUUUUUGCUGUCAAGACCUGAAUUGAGCAUGUGGUUUAAAAAAUAUGCUCAGGAACGCGACGAUAAAAACUUGAUUUCGUAUUUUAAAAAGGCAGAUGCGAAAUCAAAAGCUCUAUCGGUUAUCAGCUCCAAAAGUUUUUGUUUUGCCCUGAUGAUGAGCAUUCCCAUACUUUUGUACGUUUCUUCUUUUCAUGAACUGCAUAUUGCGUUAGCAAUUAUUUUGGGAAUUUCUUCGCUGGCAAUUUGUGUCCUGUCAAAGUUCCUUCCAGGUAGCUCUAUAGCUCAGUCKUCUGUUUUAUUUUGGUCCAAUAUAUCGAUCACAAUGAGUGUAGUAGUUUCGACGCUGAUCUGCUUUCCUUUUACAAUCAUUGGAUAUUUGUAUUUUGGUUGUAUUUCUAUCCUUUUGGUAUUGUCUCUGCUACGCUGUUAUUUCUUGGACCCAGGCUUUAUUGUCAAAAACAACUCAUACUCUGCAUUCUCACAGACAAUAAAAUCGAAUAUGAGGCUUUUGGUUGACUCUAAUCAUUCCAGAAGAAACUUUUGCUCUACAUGCCUUAAUUUCCGUCCCUUGAGGUCCAAACAUUGUUCUACUUGCAAUAAAUGCGUCAUGGUGUUUGAUCAUCAUUGUCCAUGGACCGGAAAUUGUAUUGGUUUGUGGAACUGCCGCACAUUCGUCUUUUAUCUCUUUCUCCUGGUGUUGUACACUGCAAGCUUCAAUGUGGUGUAUCUUUUAAAGGUAUUUUCGCUAAUAGCUUACGAAUCUUAUUCAUCGCUCCUUUCGCUUGUACGAGUUUUAUACGAAGACCAAAGGGUUACCUUUCUGAUCUUCUUUGGGUGCACAUCAUGGGCUUUUUGGAUAACAUUCUUUUUAUGGGUCUCCCAACUAUUUCAAAUUUCCCAAGCACUGACUACCAAUGAGGCCCGAAAUAUUCACAAAUAUCACCACUUUUUUAUUUCUCGUGAUGGGUCCACGUCCGUUAAAGAGUUCUUCAACCCCUUUGAUAGGGGAGCUACAAGAAAUCUUUUAAAUUUUAUAUUUAGCACAAACUAG